GAGCGGCGGACCGGCGAGGAGGCGGAGACCGGGGCCGAGGCUGCGAGGGCGGCGAGGGCUGGGUCCCGGCGCCCGCGCCGAGGUGCGGCACGAUGGAAGAGGCCGGCAGCUCUGCGGGCGGCGGCGUCAGUGGCUUCCGCCCGGGCGUGGACAGCCUGGACGAGCCGCCCAACAGCCGCAUCUUCCUGGUCAUCAGCAAGUACACGCCCGAGGCGGUGCUGCGGGAGCGCUUCUCCCGCUUCGGCGAGAUCCAGGACAUCUGGGUGGUGCGGGACAAGCACACCAAGGAGUCCAAGGGCAUCGCCUUCAUCAAGUUCGCGCGCAGCUCGCAGGCCUGCAGGGCGAUGGAGGAGAUGCACGGACAGUGCCUGGAGCCCAACAACACCAAGCCCAUCAAGGUAUUCAUUGCUCAGUCCAGAUCAUCUGGAAGUCACCGAGAUGUUGAAGAUGAAGAGCUUACAAGAAUCUUUGUUAUGAUACCAAAGUCCUACACAGAAGAAGAUCUACGGGAAAAAUUUAAGGUGUAUGGAGAUAUCGAGUAUUGCAGCAUUAUUAAGAAUAAAGUCACUGGAGAAAGUAAAGGUUUGGGUUACGUACGAUAUUUAAAACCAUCACAAGCUGCCCAAGCAAUAGAAAACUGUGAUCGAAGUUUUAGAGCAAUCUUGGCUGAACCAAAAAACAAACCACCUGAAUCCUCAGAACAGGAUUAUUACAGUAAUAUGAGGCAGGAGGCUUUGGGCCAUGAACCUAGAGUAAAUAUGUUUCCAUUUGUUGGAGAUCAACAAUCAGAAUUCCCAAAUUUUGACAAGAAUGAUAGCAGAGGCCAGGAAUCUAUCUCCAAACGCCUAUCAGUUGUAUCAAGAGUUCCUUUCACUGAGGAGCAGCUCUUCAGCAUUUUUGAUAUAGUACCAGGAUUGGAGUAUUGUGAAGUUCAACGAGAUCCCUAUUCAAAUUACGGUCAUGGAGUGGUUCAGUAUUUUAAUGUAGCAUCGGCUAUUUAUGCAAAGUACAAGUUACAUGGAUUUCAGUACCCUCCUGGGAAUCGGAUAGGUGUUUCCUUCAUUGAUGAUGGAAAUAAUGCGACAGAUCUCCUUAGAAAAAUGGCCACACAGAUGGUAGCCGCACAGCUUGCCUCAGUGGUGUGGAAUAACCCAAACCAGCAGCAAUUUCUGCAGCAAUUCGGAGGAAGUUCUGGAUCCCAGCUGCCUCAAAUCCAGACAGAUGUUAUACUUCCGUCAUGCAAGAAGAAAGCUGAUCCAGAAACUCCUGUGAAAGAAAGACUCUUUAUUGUGUUUAAUCCUCAUCCUUUACCUCUAGAUGUAUUAGAGGAUAUAUUCUGUCGUUUUGGUAACCUGAUCGAAGUCUACCUCGUGUCCGGAAAAAACGUGGGCUAUGCCAAGUUUGCAGACAGAGUGAGCGCCAACGACGCCAUCUCCACUUUGCAUGGGAAGAUUCUGAACGGGGUGAGACUUAAAGUGAUGCUGGCGGAUUCCCCGCGGGAGGAGUCUAACAAAAGGCAGAGAACGUACUGAUUCUCGGAGACAGUAACUCAAGAGCACGUGGAUCCUGGGAUUGGAAGGCACUGGCUAGUUGCUUUACAUACAUUUCAAAGCCUUCUGAGGUAAGUACUACUUUUUUUAUUUUGGUACUGCUAAAGAACAAACCCAGGGUAUCACAUACUAGCAAGUCCUGUAAAGUUAGAAUGCAUCUAGCCUAGAAAUAAUGUUUUGUAAACAAGCAGAUAGAGAUGAAGUAACAUUUCCCCCAGGGUCACAGUCACCAAAUAUUGAACAGUACUAAAUAUCAGUGGCUAAAAGGAAGAUUGCAGAAACACCCCAUGUGGCAGAGUGGUUUGGUAGUUUUGGGGGAAGGUAUUAUUUUUGUUCUUGGCAACUAGGGCACUUCACUUGAGUGCUGCACAGCAAUCAGAGAAGUGAACUAAGGUUUCAGUAUUGAGUAAAAGAAAAAUAAGUACCCUGGUGGGACUCCCCACCCACCUCAAGUGCAACCAGCUGACCACUAAAGCCUCCCUGAGAGUGCUGCAGGGUGAAGAAGCCACUUCAUGUCUGGUACCACAAGGCUUCCAGAUUUGUCCUUGCGAGAAGUCAGCCAAGCUUGUCAUCCAGAAGCUGCCUUUCCAGAGCUUGGUAGAGAGAUUGCCUGGAAUUUCAAACCGACUUGAGGUUUUAGAGUGCAGCCCCUGGGCCUUCAGGGGGCUAGUGAAGCAUACCUGGUGGUUACUUGAAGAUCCCAGUCUGUGCUGACCACACCAAGAAAGUCACCUUGAUGCCCAAAGACAUCCAGCUGAUCAAUGGAUACAGGGAGAGAACUUAACCAAAGGCAAUUUUUAUGGCAUUUUGAAUGUAGGGUAAAUUCUAUAAAAUGCUUUUGGUAUUCUUCCCAGUCAUAGAUGGCAAGGAACUCUCUAGAGCACCCGCUGUCCUCUCCACCACGGGGCAGCAAGCAUUGUAAUGACAAAAAGGCAAGAGAAAAACAUGCUAAAUUAAACCUUGUGUCAAAAGGAAGAAACAGUCAUGGCACUAAAAUAAUCUAAUUGAUGAUGGAUAGUUAUCUUUUUUUGUAAGAAAUUGUCUCUAAUAUGUUGCAUUUGUACUUGAGUCAUUCUGCCUUCCACUCAUUGGGUGGCUGUGAAGGUAACAGAAUUGAUAAAUGUAUACAGGGUCCUUUUUCAAUAAAACUGGUCAUAUCUUGA